AUGGCGGAGUUUUCACCCGAAACGUUUCGGGAGUUCAUAGCAACUUGGUUUGAAUGGAUGAUUUGCAAAAGCAACAGCAUCGUGACAAUUGUUGUUGGAACACAAAGUGAUCGACUUCGUCCUUCAGAAUGUGAAACGGUUAAAACCGAUGCGGAAAAAAUUAUGAAGCACUACAUUCAAAACCGGAAGAAACAAUUCGAAACCGAAAUUAAGAAAAUAGAAUCUCGACCUCACAUUUCUGCCACCUAUUCAGAACUGUUGAAGAACUAUGUCCAUCUCCUAAACGCCAGUCUAUUAGUGCAUCCUUCGGUUAUGACAACUAGUGCUGCGAAGUAUUCUGGUUUUAAGGAGCUACAAGAGGCCAUAAUCGCUACUGCGGACACCCGCGAAUUUUUCCCGAACUUUAAGCAGGAAAUUCCCACAUUCUGGAUUGACGUUGAACACUUCUUGGAGGACAAAGGUAACUUUAUGGCCGUCCCUGUCAUCGCUUGGCCGGAUUACGAAGAGCUCGUGACGCGCAAGUUUGGCAUGAAACACCUACUGAAGGCCAUCACUCAAUACUUACACGAGAGUGGAAAGGUGAUUUGGUUUUCUAAAAUGAACUCUUUGAAGAAGUACGUUUUCUUACGACCGUCGUGGCUCUUUGAGGUCUUUCGGUACGUUUUCCGAUAUGAUAUCGGUGAUGAAUCAAAGUGUCCUGUGGAUUGGUUAAAACGUAUCGGCCUAUCGUCCAAUCGGAUCGAACGGGCAUGGAAAGAGCUGAUAGAGGAAGGCAUUGUAGAACGUGACUUCAUCAAAGGGAUGUUGGGUCAUUGUGUCCCCCAUGACCUAAAUCAACCUUUUCUCCAAGUUCUGAACAUACUUAUUGAAGGUUUUGGAAUAGGUUAUCCGGUCCAGAAGAAAAUGAAAGAAGGAGCGUACAAUCUAACCGUCGAGCCCGAUGCCGAUGGCAAAGUGAAACUUGCUCGGGUAUUGUUGCCAUGGUAUCGGAAAAACCCGGAGCCGGCUUCGGUGACAGAACAUUGGAUGUCUCUCUCUAGUAAGCCAAAGGUCGUCGCCUUGUACAACUUCCAUAACUACAUGCCUCCUGGCCUCUUCGAAACGUUUGUGGUGCGCGUGAACGGCACGACCAAAUCGCCCACACUGCUUCUAUCCCACUGGGGAGGUGGAAUACAUGCUCAGCACCCGACACGAGCCGUUCAAAUUCUCGUAACGCACAAUAUAAUAUCGGGUCAAUCCGCUACCAUCAAGUUUGACGUGAGAGAUGUAAGCGACGCGGAGUCCGACAGUCCAAAAAUCAUCUGGGAAGUCCUGCUCCCUAUCUUAAUGCUGUUCGAGGAAAUACUACAAGGGUUCUCAGGUAUACAUCUUUAUACUUAA